UUAGAUUUGGCUGAGCACACGCAAUACUGAAGGAAGCAGACCUAUUCAACGAGAAGGCUCCGACUUUGUGAUAGUUUCUUAGGCCUGGUAUACAUCAAAAGUCACUAAAGAGUACCACCCAGACAAGAUGAAAUUAGCAAUAAUGUUGCUGUGUAUAGGUCUACAACUUGCGAAUUCACGGCUUGCUCCACUCUAUUCCAGCUCCCGUGGGGUACAAAAUCGCUAUAUUGUUAAGCUACAGGAUGAUGUUGAUGUUGACAUAUUUGCAAAUAAUAUUAAGACAAUGAUGGCAACAUUGAAGUAUGACUGCUACAUCUCAUUAAAAUACAACCGGGUUCUGAAAGGCUUCCUUGUUGAUUUGAACCUCAGUUCUCUACGGAUGGUGAGAGAAUUGCAUCUAGUGGCUUUUGUCGAGUCAGACAGUUACAUAAAGACAUCGGAUGUUGCGUCUUGGGGAUUAGAUCGCAUUGACCAACGCUAUCUACCAUUGGAUAAUACAUAUGACGUUUCAGGUAUACAACUUGUUCUCAAUAUUUUAUACAUACUUUUUAAAUAUACAGUAAUAAUUCAAUGUCUUCUUAUGAUAUUCUUGCUAUAUUUAAAUAUAUUAUUGUAUAUAUUAAUAUUUUUCAAUUGUUAUAAUCAGGGUAUAGACUGCAAUGGGCAUGGUACACACUGCGCAGGAAUAGCUGCUGGCAAGGAGUAUGGCGUAGCAAAAGGCGUGAACGUCCACAGUGUACGUGUAUUAGAUUGCAAUGGAGUCGGAUGGACAUCUAAUGUCAUUCAAGGUAUGGAAUGGGUUGCUGCAAAUGCAUCAAAACCCGCCGUUGCAUCAAUGUCGUUGGGAGGGACACUAUCUAUGGCUCUUAAUAAUGCUGCCGACUCUCUGGUGCAAUCUGGUGUCGUCCUGGUAGCAGCGUCGGGAAACGAAGCAAGCGACGCAUGCACUACGUCUCCUGCGUCUGCAGUGGAGGUGAUAUCUGUAAGUUCUUCUAACAAAAAUGAUGAAUGGUCAACAUUUUCAAAUGAGGGGUCAUGUAUUGAUAUAAUCGCACCAGGAGAGGAAAUCGUGAGUGCUUGGAUUGAUUCAGACACUUCAUCACAGACACUAACCGGAACGUCAAUGGCAUGUCCUCAUGUUGCAGGAUGUCCAGUUCUGAAGUUUUCGGUCUCAUAAACAAACUCAAAACGGGGAAAUCUCCUGGACCCGAUGGAAUCUCCUCAACCAUGCUCCAAACUCGCGGCAGCCUACAUACCUGAUCCACUAGCAGAUAUAUUUAAUUGUUCUCUAAGAACAGGAGUUUUUCCUAAUGAGUCGAAGGAAACAUUUAUAGUAUCUAUCCCUAAAUCUGGUUCUCUUACUUAGUAAAAUAGCGAUUUAUAGACCAGUAUUGCUAUAAAUGCUCGAUUGUAGGUAUUACUUGAGAAAAUAGUUGCAUCGUAUUAGGCUGUUCUUCUAUGAAAAUGGAAUGUAUUCUAACAACCAACACGGAUUAAUUGUUAAGUGUAAGUCAUGUACAACGUUAGUUAGCUCUGUUAUUUACCACUGGGCUAAAGUACUUGAUACAAGCAGACCUCCACACAUUGAUGCAUUUGAUAGGGUCAGCCAUAACAUACUUCUUGGCAAACUACAUAACUAUGGUAUUUGUGAUGUAAACCUUGACUGGUUUAAAUCUUACCUUUCUGACAAGACAUCAAGCAGUCAAAUUUAGAGGCAGUGUUUCUAAUCCGGUUUUAGUUAAACCAGGCGUUCCGCAAGGGUCGGUGUUAGGCCCACUUCUUCAAGUUUAACCUGUUUGAGACUGAUCUUUCAUCACAUGUAUCAUCGUUCAUGCCACAGUAUGCUGAUGAUACUCUACUUUAUCGAGUUAUACAAUCAACAGAAGACGAGGUUUUGUUGCAAAAGACCUGGAUAUAAUGUAGUCGAAUGGUGUAAUAUUAAUAAAAUGUAUUUAAUUUUUUUUUAUGUAAAGCUAUGCACAAAACAAGGCCCAUACUCUCCAUGAAAUUGCUUGUAAUUACUGCAUUGAUGGUAACUUGAUUGACGUCGUUGAUACAUUUAAAUACUUGGGCAUCACUUGUAAUGAUCUCGGGUGUCUGUAGUUACAAACAAAGACCAACGAUUGUAUGGAUUCAUAAGACAUGUAUUGAGAUCAAAUGAGGGAUACGUUAUUAAAAAAGUGUUCAUUGCUCUAGUACGACCAUUCCUUGAAUAUGGAAUUUCUGCCUGGUAUCAAUAUGAAAACAUCUCGGUGGAUACUAUUGAAAAAGUGCAACAGCGAAUGACCAAGUCAUGUGUUAAGGUCUCACGAGAUCGAAGUUCUAUGACCUCCUGAACAACGUCUGAAGAACAUUAAUUUGACUUCACUCCAAAAUCGAUUUAAAUUUCUUUUUAAUUUCGUUUAGUGCAAAAUGUUUAUAUAAAAAAAAUUGAUGUUGACUUGUCAAAGCUCUUAAUUCAUACCGUAAGAUAUAAUGAUCAAGUUAGAUUUAUACAUGUUGUUGGUAGAACUUAGGUUUACACCCGUAAAUUAUUUUCCACGUCUCUUCGACGAAUUGCCACGUUGUACUAAAAAUGAUAUGCAAUUAGUUGUAACAUUUUCAUUGAAGGGGUAAAGCUCUUUCUCAACCAAAACUAGUCAUAUUUUUAAUUAAAAUAAUUAUAAUAAUUUUAAUUGUUUUAAAACAUUUUUAAUCAUCGAUUUUUAGUGCUUUUAAAAUGGUAAUUUUAAUAUUUCUAUUGUACAGAGAUAACAUGGCAAUAUAUUUAACUUUUUU